UUCACUUAUCUUCUCAUUUCAACAUAAAAGAAAGUAAAAGAAAAACCAAAUCACUAUGGAGUCCCACAACGUGAACAACAGCUUGAACGUAGACAUGGAGAAAGAUCAAGAAAAGGCUCUCGACUUCUCCAAAAGAGCUCAGUGGCUACGAGCCGCCGUCCUCGGUGCCAACGAUGGUCUUGUCUCCACGGCUUCGCUUAUGAUGGGUGUCGGUGCGGUUAAGGGAGACGUUAAAACCAUGAUGUUAUCUGGUUUUGCCGGUUUAGUCGCCGGGGCUUGUAGCAUGGCGAUCGGAGAGUUUGUCUCUGUUUACUCUCAGUACGACAUAGAGGUGGCUCAGAUGAAGAGAGAGAGCGGAGGGGAGAUCGAGAAAGAAAAGCUUCCGAGCCCGAUGCAAGCGGCUGCUGCGUCUGCGUUAGCGUUUUCUGUUGGAGCGAUUGUGCCUUUAUUGGCGGCUGCGUUUGUGAAAGAGUAUAAAGUGAGGGUUGGAGUGAUUCUGGCGGCGAUGACGUUGGCUUUGGUUAUGUUUGGGUGGUUAGGAGCGGUUUUGGGGAAAGCACCGGUGGUUAAGUCAUCGGCUAGGGUUUUGAUUGGAGGAUGGUUAGCUAUGGCCGUUACGUUUGGUUUGACCAAACUGGUCGGAUCACAUGGUAUGUGAUAGUUUGUG